AUGGUUCUGCCUAAAGUAUCGUCAGAACCGCGCGACUCUCGCAGUCACCAGGAAGCAAAUCUUCAGCGUCUUCGCUUUGUGUCAACGACAGCCAGUCCCAGCACUGAGGGAGAAGUGGACACAAGCGAGAACGAGGUGGUUGCCCCAGACUUCACCAACAGGAACCCUCGGAACCUGGAGCUGCUGGCCCUGGCUAGGAAGGAGCGUGGCUGGAAGACAACGUGGCCAAAGCGUGAAUUCUGGCAUCGGCUGCGGCUGGAGCGGACCCAGCACUACGCAGAGGCCUUCGUCGAGCGCUGCGACGGGGACGUCGUGGAAUUUGAGAAAGCGGUGGAGGAGGGCGGCGUCGUUCUGCGGGAGCCGCGAAGGAUCUACCGGUGA